AUUAAAAUAAAUAACAUUCAAAUUGUGUUUUUAAUGUAUACGACUAAAUAAGCUUUCUGCUUAUUCAUACAGACAGUUAUCUCUCUACAACAUCAGUGAGAUAUAGAGGGGAGGAGAGUAGAGUGUGAACACAUCUUUAAGAGAAGAGAGAAGUUCCUGGUUUCACAGUGAAGAAGGACGUAGAGACGGAGCUAAGUCAUCAGAGCCUCGAUAUGAAAGUCUGUCUGAUCUGCUUCAUCUUCCUCACUCUGCAGGAUGGAAACACUGGUCUUGUUAAUGGAAGAAUCUAUACAGGAAAAGAAGGAGGAAACAUCACAGUUGGAUGUUCAUUUACAUUUUCUGGAAGCAGGAGGUUGUUCUGUAGGAAUAAAUGUGAAGAAGGAAACAUUCUCAUUGACACAACUGAGGACAAAGCUCAGAGAGACAGAUACAGCAUUGAAUAUAUAAACACAGGUGUCCUAUCUAACACUAUGUAUGUGAGCAUCACACAGCUGAAGAAGUCUGACUCAGGAUGGUACAGGUGUUCUUUGGACAGAUCUUUCAGUCCAGAAUCAUCUGAGGAUUUUGAGAUCACUGUCACAGAAGCUUCAACUGCUCCACAACCAACAUCCACUUUAGGACAUUUUUUAACAACAAUGUAUCUCUCAUCAUCCCUCACUACAACAACAACACAGACUUUAUUGUCCACAGCUUCAUCCUCCUCCUCUGAAGCCACCAAGCUUCAGGAAACAUCACCUGCAGGUUUCCUCUUGGUUGUGGUUGUAUGUGUACCUGUGGUGGUGAUAGUUUUACUGCUACCUGUUGUUCUGCUGCUCAUCUACAGAAAGAAGAGAGAGGACUGUGUCUGUUGGAAGAGGAGAAGAAACUCAGACCACAACAGGACUGAGGUUGCUGUCUAUGAGAACUGUUCUCCUGUCUCUGCAUGUGAGGACUCCACCUACCAGAGCCUGAAUCCAGGCAGCAGGGACCAGGACCAAACCUACUCUACACUCACAGAGACACAACUAAAAUGAUCCUGUCUACAUUUAGAGCUGGAUUUCAUACUGUGCAGGUUAAUAUCUCCGUGUGCCAAUACUGGGUUAUUUAUUUCUUCUCAGGACUCAACUUGUAAAUAUUUUCUCAUUUCACUCAAAAGCACCACCUGUUGGUGAUGCAGUGUGUUGCGUGACGUGUGUGUCUCUGCAGGGAGCUCCACAAAGUCUGAGACAAUAACCUUAACAGCACUUAAGAUUGAAGAGAAACAGAUUUAUAAAUAUGUACAUAUGCUUAAAUAAAUUAAAAUGAGUUUUAGGCCAUUGACUUAUAACAGCAGAAGAGAGAUGUAGAGGAUUGUUAAGUGUGUGUUGUGUUUGUGUUAUGUAAAUUGUCAUUCAAUAAAGGUUGUCUGUGUAGUUUUAUUCUU